UUCAACCGCACACAGAAGAACCAACACAGCUAACACCAUGGGCCUGGGGAGUUCCCAUCCGAAGCCGUUCCCAGGAGACAUCCUGGAGUUUCCUCGGAAUAAAUACUUCUCCCAUUUUGGAAUUUACUACGGAGAGAGAGAUGGAGUGCCCUACGUAGCACAUCUCACCUGCAGAGACUCGGAGACGAAGCUCCUGCUUUUUGGUCGAGCCCUGAAGUCAGAGGUCAAACUGGACCCAGUGGAGGUGGUGGGACAGAGAUACAAGGUGAGGAACAUGCUGGAUGAGAUCCAUCCUCCCAGGGACUUCUACACUGUUGUGAAGCCUGCCAUAGACGAUAUGAUGGGUAAGGAUAUCACCUUCGACAUCUUGUUCCAUAACUCUGAACACCAGGCCACGCUCUUCAGAUAUGGACUCAAGAAGUCUACACAGAUUGAGAAGGUCUACAUCCAGAUCCUGCCCACCUGGAAGGAGCUGUUUAAGAAGAGGAAGUUGUAACAAUGACUACAACAGCGGCUGUGUUCUAGAACUCUGCCUACAGU